AUGGAUUCCUCUGAUGACGUGAUCGAAGUCCCAAUCGAAGUAGCUCAGGAGUACAUCACCACUGCUCUCGGAUUUGCUCCCCUUCACCUCUCCGAUCUUAUCUAUAAUAUAUUUACGGAUAGUCUGUGCAGUCUUGUCGAAAGUGCAGUUGGGGCCUUGUCUCGCAAAUAUGAAGACCGUCUUACUCAGGCAAAUAUUGAUGCACUAAUGAAGAUGGUCAAAAUUAAAUUGCAGGGCCAGCAGAAUGUUCUGUUUGAUCAGCUAGAUAGUUUUCUUAUAAGUGACGUCUUUUUCAUUGACGAAAAUGCCGUUUUGAUGGAGGAUAUGCCGCAGGUUUCCUACUCAAAGAAGAAACAUGCCUUAAUUAAGGCGAGUAUCGAAAAACACGAAAAGAACAUAAUGAUGGUAUGUUGUGUUGCGGACUAA